AUGCAGCAGGCGAGUCAGGCAGUGGAUGCCGAGGGCGAUGCACCGCAGCACGAGGACGUUCCCUAUGUGCUGCUGUACAUCAUGGGGGAGGAGCUGGUGGCGCUGCUGGAGAAAGACACUCUGGAGAAUGUGUUGGCGAGGGUGGCCGCGGCGCAUCCAGGCCACACCCUGGGGAUGCUGAUCGAGGGGCUGCACAGCUACCUCAAGCGGCGGCAGAACGCGGACUACAGGCGGCUGGGCCCGGGAGGCGGCGGCUUCAACGCGGCGGGGUAUGAGGAGGUGUUGGCGCGUCUGGUGGUGGAUCAGCCGGGGGUGCGCCACCGCUGCGUGGCCGACGCCGCAGCCGCCGCCGACCAUGUCUCCCAGCUCACCAAGGCCCUCGCCACGCAGCCCUUCAAAGUGCAGGACUCGUUCCUGCACCAGUUUGGCGGCAGCGGCAAGGGGACGGCGAACGUGAGAGCCACGCUUGCUCGGUACCCGCUGCGCAGCCGCGCGCUGGAGCCCUGGUACCAUGCGCUGUCCUACGUGGUUGACAUCGCCCCCGGACAGGCGCACUCCAUCGUCAGCCAGCACCCCUCCCUCGGCCAGCUCAUGGCCAUCUACGCCGACCCCUCCAAGAGCCAGAGGGAGAAGGAGAAUCUUGUGGCGGAUCUCAAGCCCCCGGGCGGGACCCAAAGAGUGGGGCCCAAGGCAUCUCAGAGGUUGUUUGCCCUCUUCACGGCGACAGACCCACUGCUGCCUCUAGGUGACCUGGGCUUCAACGGAUGA